AUGCAUCGUAAACUAAAAAAUGAUCCAGUAAUAUUAAUUAUGAUACCACUAUGUAUUAUAUUAAUCGUAUUUGCUGUACUAGUUUUUAUAUGCUAUCGUUAUCGUUCAAAUCAACAAUACAUCAAAAAAUAUGAACACAGUCCACUGUUAUUGUUGAAAUUAUUGUUUUGCCCAAUAUCAUUUAUUUCUAAGCGUUUUGUUUCCGAUAUAAGCAAUUAUAAGUAUAAAAAAGGUAAUCCUGUCAUAAAUUUAUCUCUUACGAAUUGUCAUUACAAGAAUAGAAAUGAUGAAAGUGGUACUGAAACUAAUUUAAUGCAAUAUCCAGGCACAGAGGAAAGUUUAUUAGGAACAGCUUCCCAUCGAUAUCCAAAUCAGAUUGUGAACGGACAGAAAGCACCGAAUCUAGGUAGAUUAGUCAUGAUCAACCUGGAUGACUUAUGCCUAAAUGAAAAAUCUGGUCCCUUGGGAACAGGUGCAUUCGGAGCAGUCUACCAAGGUAUUUGGAAAGUAUGCCAAACUGAUUAUCCAAAUUUACCAAAUAUAAAUUAUGUGAUUACAGCGAAUAAUGAAGAGGAGUUAAUGCUUAAAGUUAAUUCACAAAGCUCCCGCUCUUUGUUGACAACUCCAACUCCAAUGAAUGAAAUGAACGUGGUGUCUACAAAUCAAAUAGAUUCCAGUAAUAUUCAAGCAAAUGAAGUGCACACGUCAGCUACAGAGCAAUCAUCAGUUAUAAACCAGAAGAACAAUAAUACUGACGAAGAUACCAGUCAAACUAGUCAUAGCGUUACUACAACAUCUAAAGCAUCGACAGAGAAAUCUAAAAAGGAAUACAAACUACUAUGUGUUGCUGUGAAAAUUUUGAAUGAAGUUCGCGGGUCAAGUGAUCUACAAGCACUACUGGACGAAGCAAAAGUUAUGGCGUCUGUCUCUCAUUAUCACUGCCUCCCACUUCUUGGAAUAUGUUUAUCUCAAUCAAGAAAAUGCUUAGUUUCAGCUUACGUAGUAAAUGGAAGUCUAGAUCGUUAUCUAAGACUGCGUGCCCCAAAUAUUGACUCCUCAACUCUUUUAGAUUGGGCAUCUCAGAUUGCCGAUGGAAUGGCAUACUUACAAUCUCGGGGAAUUAUCCAUCGUGAUUUGGCUACUCGAAAUGUCCUAGUUACAUCACCAGAACACCUACAAAUUACAGAUUUUGGUUUAGCAAAAAUGCUGGAAAGUGAAGAAGAAGCUAAACCCUGUGAAACACUGACUCAUCGUAUUUACUCAUUCAAAACUGAUGUUUGGGCGUACGGUGUCACUAUUUGGGAGAUUUUCACAUUUGGGGAUAAACCAUUUGAUCGUAUAGAAACGGCCAACGUAAAAGAUCAUGUUUUAGCAGGUAGACGUCUUCCACAACCAGAUAUAUGCACACUCGAACUAUAUCAAGUUAUGUUAAAUUGUUGGAAUGAAAAUCCUGAUGCUCGACCAAAUUUCGUAGAGCUGUAUAACAUGUUUAAGGAUUUCGCACGUCAACCACAUCUUUAUCUUCAUUCCAGAAAUGAAAGUAGUUCAAAUACGGAAGUGUACAGUAGCACUGGUGACACAAGAAGUCGUGCAACAAUUUAUCCAACUACUCGGUUAUCUGGUGAACGUUUUCGACAACCAGAACAAACUGUUCCUUCAUUUCAGUCAAUGAAAUGUAGGAGUUCUUGUUCGCCUCUACAAAAUUCAAGUUCUAGUAGUGGAUUAACAAAUCGGCGCUUUGAUGUUGGUAGACGUACACGUACCAGUUUAUUACUACCUCCAACAGUCCUACAAGCUAAUCGUACUGGGAAAUAUCCGCGACAUAAACGACGUAGUGUUGGAGCUCGCACUGACUACACAAUGUCAGCAUCCAUAAGUAUAAACUCUGGGAUUGGUGAGCGUUGGGGUAAUUCAUCGUUUGCUACGCACAGUCACCCAACAUUAAUUAAAGUUGAUGAAGCAAAUGGAACUGGAAAUAUUACCCAUAAUUUUAAGAUAAAUAGCAAUACAUCUGGAAAUAAUCGGAAUAAUGAACAGUUUAAUGUUGGCUUGUUUUCAACUGAUUCAUGGGCAAGUAGUGGACAACCCUUAUUAUCAAGUGACCAAGAAAGUUCAUUAAGCCAUCUAAUGUUGUCGAAUUUCGGUUACACAAGUAGUGAAAGCAGAAGCAGUAUGACAGUCAACUCCCCUGGCCAACAUAAUCGAAAUUUUUCAUCAACAUGUUCAUCAGUUCCAACGGAAUCAAGAAACUCGGAACAGCAAUCUGUAGAUGAACCUACGUCGAACACACAGAGAAUAAGACUUGACAUGAGAAGUGGUCUUCCAGUCAAUACAUCAUUCGAGGCUGCUGCAGGGUAUGUAUGGCCUCAAUGGCCCGAUGCCAUUCCUAAUCCAGAAAAUAACAAUUUAGACCAGGCUAAUUCAAGUGAAACUUCUUAUGUCUUUAACGCAGUCGAUUCAGAAUCAGAAAACAAUUUACCAUUCCUUAACCGUCAACUUUGGCUUCGACGUAAUGCUCGUCAACGGCGUUAUUAUCUUAGACAACUGCAGAUUCACAGAAGCGUUGCUGAUUCCAGUUUGCCAGAACAAGCAGGUGAAGAUGCUAUGGAGGAAACUUCAAGUUGGGCAGAACCCUUGCGAUCAAAUCAGAGUAAUCCAAAUGGGCAACAAGAAGAUAGUGAUAGUGAUCCAGGUUCUGCUGAUCGAUACUGGCCUGAUCCAACAUAUUCUCCACAAAACGUGUAGCGCUAUACUAGUUUACUUUUUUCUAACUUUAUAUCUUUUACGAGCGAUUUUAUAAUCACAUUUUAA